AUGUCAUAUGCUAUGGACGCUCAGCUAAGCUCGGCUAGUGUUGCCGAACUUGUUGCUUGGAGAGCUGAGAAGGAUCGACUUCAUGAGGAGCGGGUCAAGGCCGAAAGAAAGAGGGCUGAGAAGGAACGAUUGGCUCGCUCUGUAUACAACGAUAGAGUCGCUCGUUGGGCUACCUUGGAUGCUCAAAUAGCAGAGUCCUUUGCUGGAGUAGAUGUGGGGGCAUUCCAUAGGGAUGCUCAGCUCUAUGGAGAGUGUGACUGGACCCAUGUACCAUUGAUUGGAGGAGAGGAGGCGAUGGAGGCUCAACAGGCGGUAUUCGACUCGGAAGCAAAGGCGAGGGCAGACUUGUUGGCAACGGACUUUGAUGAGGUCCUCGAGAGUCGGGCUCAUGCAGAAGGGGACUCUGUGGCACUCAACUGGAGGAAGUGCGCCAGGAAAUUCCAACACGUAUAA